UAAUGACUGUAAGUUCAAUUAGUCAUUAAGACAAAACUAUUGCGGUUUAUUAAGUGAAUGUGCUUGGUCGAUAAUGGAAUUGUCAUAGUGUUUUGGCAUAAUCCAAAUACCAAGUGAAAUGCAUUUGCUGCUGUCUAAUUAGAAUAUGAAAAAGAUUAUUCAUGGUUAUUAUUAACAUCAGCAUGAUAUAUGUAUUAAGCUCUCUUCUUAACUGUAGUUAGCUCCCUUUUUAAUGCCUUAGAAUCUUGGAAGAGUUGGUAAUUUGCUUAAUCUUCACCUAAACUUGGAUAGUCCCCGCCUACACAAGUAAAUUCGACAAGAAAUUUUUAGGUGGCACGCUUACAUCUUUGAUCAGGUCUCCUAAAUAUAGAUGAUAAAUUAAAUAUAAAUCCCAAUAUUCCACUCUUGAGUAUCAGUAGCGUGCACUCUCCCCGUUGGCUAAAUCCACGUCUAAUCACGCAAUUGUGUCAUACAUGAUGAUUUAUAUACGUUAAUCAUGUCAUAUGUAGCUUGUUUACGAACAAACGAUGGAGUGAGGUCUUUGUCAACUUUGGGUAGUUAGCAUACAUGUUUAUGUAGCAAAACUAUAUUAACAGGGCUCGGAGAGUGAUGGACGUUAUUAUAUAGUAGGAUAAUAAGAAAUAUAUACACAGAGGGUCUAGGCAGUUGUGACUUUUGUCUUUGGCUUCAAUAAUACUAGUAAUAAUCCUGUAAUAGAGCACAUGAGACAAAGGGGUUGCUCAAUUAUUGAAUCCUGACACCGGCCAUGAUCGAUGAGGGGAGCUGAGGGUCCUUGAAUAAUUUGAUAAUUCAGUUCUUCUCUUGGUAAUGACUUCUCUGGUGUGGUGGUUCUAUUUGCUCUACAGCUAGCUUGUUCCUUCCAUGUGCUGAUGCUCUAAAGAGAAACAAGACAAAUCUGUUGUUCCGAAAAGCUACCUGCUCAAUUCAACUUCAGUUUCAACAUUUUUGUAACAAUAUUUUAGCCCCGGGUAUGCAGCUGAUUUCGCCAUUACUCGAAUAAAGCAAAAAUGAUAAAAUAAAUUGUGUUUUAUUUUGACUAAAUAAGAUAAAUUGUGUUGAAAUUGAAAAUAAUAUAUAAUCCAUACCAGAAACCAACCUUUGGCGAUAUUAAUUGGUUGGGGGUUGGGUGGGGGGGUGGUGGUGUUGAGUUUCAAUGGCUAGCAGAGUAGAACAUGCAAACAUACAGGCAAAAUAGUAUAAACGGUAUGAAUUACAAGCUUUUAGUUCUCCUAUUGAGCUAAUCUAUCAAGGUAUUAAGUAGUAUAAAUUAUGAUUUUUGAUGGACUAGUACAAGGAAGAAGCGAAAGGAAUGUUCGUUAAAACAGGCAUGGGAGCCCCUGGACUUAAAGCAAUCUUGAAACAAAUUCUUUCUUCUCCCUUCAAUCCCGAAAUAAUUGCAGCUGUGCAGAAACUUCACUCCAUCAUCAUACAGAGAGAUAGUUCUCAGGACAAACAUGUCAGAAGAUGGAUAAGUCAAACCAACACUGCAAAAGCUGAAAAAGGAGGAAGCCUAAUCUACUUAGCUUUUGAUGAAAAUGUUAAGGGAGCUGUAGUAGUGGGACAAGAAGCUGGUAAGAUAGUUGAAGAAAACACACAAAAGAUACUGUCAAUGUAUCUAUAGUUGAAACUACUGUCAAUGAACCAGAAGUUAUUGUCAGUGAACCGAUGGAAGCAGGACUGAAGAUACUGUCAUGGAACCUACUGUCAAUGCUGUUCAAGGUCAUAUAGGUAAAACUAUAUUUGACAAAGAUUUCAAGAAUCACAGAGAAAGUGACACACGUUCAAUCUACUUCUUUGAGCUUAAAAGGAUGAUUGAAUUUCUGGAAGAAGAAGUCACCGUUACCUCUGAAAUACUGAAGCCUGUCUAUAAGUAUCAUGAUCUAAGGGAGAAGCAGUAUAGAGAUGUAUAUGGUGAUUGGAGAUUUCACGAUGAUUCUAAUUAUCUCAGUCCUAUUGAGGAAGAACAAGAUGAUGUUGAACCGGAUAACAAAGUUAUUGAUUUGACUGCUGGUGAUGAAGAUAAACAUCCACAGCAAACAUCUCAAAGUAAUGCAUCUGAAGCUCAACAUGAACAAUCUUCCACAUUCAACUAUCAAGAUCAAAAGGAGAGAUUGAUGAAGCGUUAUAUGCAGAUCAACAGAGAAUUCUCUUACCGACCAACCUAUGUGCCUUAUGUACUUGAUAAUCCACUGACAUUCAAAGGGAAUAAAGAAUUCCAAGUUGAGAAGGAUUUGAAGCUAAAAUAGCUAUUUUGUAGCUAAAUUCUAUUAAAAUUCGGAUUUAUUGGGUUCUACCCGAUUCCUGCACUGUUUGGGCCAUAUCUUGAGUUCCGGAUGUCGGAUUUGGACGAUCUUACAGCCCACGCGAAGCCCUUGAUAUUUCCUUUAAUUCACAAGUGGUCCAAGAUGCAAAGUCCAACUGGAAAAGCCCACAGUGAUUUCCAAAAUUCACAAUGUAAAUCAAUGGUGGUGAAAAAGCUAAAUUUUGAAUAUUUAAUUAGAUUGAAUAUUCUAACAAGGGUUUUUUUUUUGAAUUAAAACAUAAGGUUUGAUCUGUAAAUAUUUUAGCAUAAAAAAAUUAAUAGGUAUUAAAUGAGAAAUGA